UGUUCAUCUAUUUUUUCCCCCAAAUAUUUUUGGAGCAGAUUGUGGACAAAGGAGUGGGUGUCUGGAGAGGGGAGAAGGGGACGAUGGGUGGGAGUCCACAGGGGACGGCUGGCUGGCUGUUUAUGGAGAUUUAUGUUCAGUAAAGGUGCCAAGCGAAAACUGGACGAGUAUGAAGAGGUGCUGGAAGGCAAAACGCUGGAGGCAUCGGAGGCGGGAGGAGGGCUAGGCCUGGGUCACGAGGGGUUGUCCAAGGUGUCGUACACCCUUCAGAGGCAGACCAUCUUCAACAUCUCUCUAAUGAAGCUGUACAGCCAGCGUCCGCUGAACGAACCCAGCCUGGAGCGCCGCGUGCUCAUCAACAACAUGCUGCGGCGCAUCCAGGAAGAGCUGAAGCAAGAAGGCUCCUUGCGGCCGCUGCUCCUGCCACCGUCGCCUCCGCCCGACGACCCUAUGGACGAGGGCUUCCGUGAAGCCCCACCUUCAUUCGGGGUCCUCUCCGCCGCGGUGACGGCACAGGCGGCUCCUCCUUCUGCUCUUCUGAUGCCGGCGAUCAUUCCGCCGCCUUCGCCGCACCCUUCGGCGCCUCCCGACUGCCCGCCCCCGCCGGACGCCUGCCUCACUCCGGCUUCGUUGUUGGAGGAGGACGGCGCCGAUUCCUCUUUUUGUGCUUCAUCUCCGCCCACACCUCCCCUGUCACCUCCCCCGUUACAGAGUCAGACGUCCAUCAAUGUCUCUUCGUCCAACAGCGUGAACGGCAUGGAUUUGCGUCCUCUGACAGCCAUAAGCAGGACGGCAGCAGCCAUUUCUAUGACAGUAACUACCUCCCUCGCUCCCACCCUGCUCACCCAACACCCCCACUUAGCGGCCUUGUCCCCGGCACCCUCGGGCCCUGCGAAAGACUGUAGAAGUUCAGACUCUAAAACUGAAGCAAUUUGCGUCUCGCUAGUGGAAAGCUCCGCUGCUGAGCACCGACCGAUGGACGCCCAUCCCGCAGCACCGCCAUCCGCCCCGGUAGAAAUAUACACCUCUCAUUCCCCGGCUUCCGCACCCUCCGGCUUUCUCACCGACCUGGCGCUGGACGACGUCCUGUUCGCCGACAUAGACACGUCCAUGUAUGAUUUUGAUCCCUGCGUGACGGCGGGGGCGGUCGGCACGCCGGCAAGCGCUGGCCUGGCAAAGAUCUCGCCGGUAGUGACGGCGGACGACGUCCUCAAAUCGCUGGCGUCGCCGUACAGUGGCCCCGCCCCUCAAGUUUCAGCAAAUCAGCCUUUUAAAAUUGACCUGACGGAACUCGAUCACAUCAUGGAAGUGCUGGUCGGUUCUUGA